AUGGGUCAUUGCUUCUCGUUACCUUCUUCCUCCUCGGAGAUUCACGAGGAAAAUGAAUACGAUGGAAAUGCGGUGGUGUGUUAUGGCGAUGAGUUCGGUUUAGAUCACCACCGUCCGCUUCACCGACCAGGUUCUAUCUGCUCUGUUCAAGGAACCAAAGCGCUUAACCAAGAUAAUGCUAUUCUUUAUCUGGGAUAUGGAACAGGAAACGCAGAGCUAUGCGCAGUGUUUGAUGGGCACGGCAAAAAUGGGCAUUUGGUGAGCAAAAUGGCGAGGAAUAGGUUACCAUUACUCCUGUUAACAAUAAAGAAGGAGCUAAACGAAGAACCUCAGGUUUGUGAAGAAGAUGAAGUUAGUAAGUGGGAGCAAGCUUGUUUUAAUGCGUUCAGACUCAUUGACAGAGAACUUCUACUCCAAGUCUUUAAUUGCUCUUUCAGUGGCUCCACGGCUGUUGUUGCUAUUACUCAGGGAGAUGACCUCAUGAUAGCUAACCUUGGUGAUUCAAGGGCAGUGUUGGGGACAAUGACCGAAGAUGGUGAGAUCUGCGCAGUUCAGUUAACAUCUGACCUAACACCUGAUGUCCCUAGUGAAGCAGAGAGGAUUAGGGCGUGCAAAGGUCGCGUUCACGCAAUGAAAGCAGAACCGUCCAGCCAAAGGGUGUGGCUACCAAACCAAGACAUACCAGGAUUAGCCAUGUCAAGAGCUUUUGGAGAUUUCAGGCUCAAAGACCAUGGAGUUAUUGCGGUUCCAGAAAUUACUCACCACCAAAUAACUUCUAAAGACCGAUUCCUUGUACUCGCUUCAGACGGGGUUUGGGAUAUGCUUAGCAAUGAUGAAGUUGUAUCACUAAUAUGGAGUUCCGGCAAAAGCCAAGAUAUGGCCGCUAAAAUGGUGGCAGAGGCGGCCGAAGCUGCUUGGAAGAAGAAGCUUAAAUCUAAGAAGAUUGAUGACAUUACAGUAAUAUGUCUUUUCUUACAGAACAAGGAACGACCAAGUUGCACUUCGGACAUGUGA